AUGGACGACCUGAAUGACCGCAGUGACGGUACUGCCAAUGCGUCGACUGCGGACGACACUCCCGGAUCAUCUCCAUUGGUAAACGAUCUUGUCAUACGAGCCAACGCUGUGCUCUCCGAAUUGGAAGCAUUCCGAGAACGACUAAAACAACUCCGUAUGGAAGGGACCGUCGAGACAGCGCACUUCAAGAACACCAUCAAGUCCGAAUUGGGCAUGCUCGACAAGUUGGCAGACAAACCCGAGAGCGAUGCUACCAACCACAUCGCUCGCUCAUCAAAUCUACCAUUUUUAGAGGCUUGCUGGACGACUGCCAAACGAUCAAAAGACGUAACAGCACUGUUGAAAAGAUUGUUCUUCAAUGCAGAACUGCCUACUUCGAGCAACAAAGUCCACUCCAGACCUGUAGGCAAGAGCAAAAAGUCCAAGAAAAUGCAUGAUGAGGUUGCCAAAGUAGAUGUCAUUGACGAUGGCGGACGGACUUGGACCAAAAUCUCAUUAGUGACCAACACGAGGCUGCUAUUCGACUUGGCUAAAGAGGGCUGGGACUCUGGGGGUUCGGAUAACGAGAGCGAAGAUGCCCAGAGCGACGCAAAGUCUGCAGACGAUGAUACUGAAAUACCUCUGGUCAAGACUGCGAGAGAGCUGGCACGAGCUUCCAAAGCAUUCCGCGUCAGGACCAGACACCCAGUUGUAUACCUAAUCCUACCUCGCAUAAAACUAGGUGAAACACCAGAGGUUGACAACAUCAUCGAAAAAUGCCGAAAGACAGGCGUAAUAGUCAUCUGCGGCGAAGACACUCGACCUCCCGUGCCCUUCGAAACUGCUGCGCCUAUCAUGGCGACCGACGUCUUGACGACAUUCUCAGACGUACUCAAUAUCGACUGCACUAUUCUCCUCGCGCUGGUGUCCGAGUUCUCACACGCAAAGGUGUCUAAAGAACCCUGGUUCCACACCGCGCUCCAAAGGCAGGUUGAGAUCGAAGACAACGAGAACUUACUGCCGUCUCUUCUCUACCCAGCCAUGAAAGGCCAUCCCCUCGUCUGCACAUUCGAGGCAGCGAAGCGAAUGCGAGAGAUCGUGGAUACCAUCGGCACACCAUCCGAAAAGGCCAGAACGGCAAUAUUCAUGGGCAACGAUACACCAACAGAAAACCUAAUAUCCGAACUACAAGAAUGGUCCGCCUACGCCGUUCCCUCAGACCUGCAACUCCCUAUCCGCGUCCUCGAACAGGACCAAAGCGACCUCCAAUCCAGCUUACCAAAGGAGGCGGCAUCCGUCCGCGAACACUUAACAGAGAUCAACAACUCUGUCUUCAUGUACGGCUGGGCGACCGGACGGACCACGAUAACCAGUAACCGCAUCGUCACCAAACAGAUCGACAGCGAGCUAGAGCAGUUCUCAGACCUGGAUGACAGCGUCUGGCCGAAAAUCUGGCUCUGUCCGACCGCGAGAUCGCUCGUCGGGAAAGAGAAACGGAGCGCUGCGAAGGCGGGCAAGGACCAGCCGUGGCGGAUGCCGGAUCCGUUGAGGAGGGAGCAGCAGCGGAGGAAUGGGCUGGACGUGCUGUCGGAGAGGGAGGGGAAGGAGGUGGAGGAUUUGAGGCCGAAUGGGUAUCCGUGUGAGGAGGUGAUUGCUGCUAAGAUGGCUUCGUUGCGGUAG